CACCGUAUAGCGGAAGUAGUUCAGCUUCUGAUUCCGGGUGUUGCUAGUUGUUAUAUUCCGUUCGGAUUUGUGCUUAGUGAUAGUGUUUCCAACUAAAAAAAAUGUUUUUACCAGUUGAAUUGGCUGGAAGUUACUCAAGAGUACUGUAAACUCAGUGACGCCCACAUGACGCAUUUGUUGGACGUUUAAAGUGAAAAACUAUAACGGAGGGAGUUAGCUAAUGUAGCUAACGUUAGCUAUCCACUAACAGCUGACUUCAGGACGGUCGCAGGAUGUCUAAACUUGAACGUUUGAAUGCUCGCGUGGCCAAGCUACUGACCGAAGCGGUGCAGGAGGUUCUGAAUGUGGUGAAGGAUACAGUGUCAGAGUACCAGGAGAAAACUGCUAGGACACAGAGAGAGAAUGAGAGUCUAAAGAGGAGGCUGCAGGAGCUCCAGGACCAGAUAACAAGAGAGAGCGUAGCUGCUCUGCAUACAAGUAGGCCGUUACCUGAAGAAAAAGAAGACACACAGAAUCAAGAGCAGGAUUUUAGACUCUCUUUGACACAGAACUCAGACCUCCCUCUCACAGAGCAAAGACAGAUAAGCAGCCACAAACCUGAUCAUGACAUGAAGCAGGAAUCCAAACAGCAAGAAAACUACAACAUUGAAUCACAAGCUGGGUGCAACCUUGCAAAAACAACAGAAAAUUGCAAAGCACAAACAGAGGAGGUGACACACAUUAUUGAGGAUGCAAUCACCUCACACAGUGCAAACACGGACAUCACUGCUGUCUCUUCCAGUAAUAUGUGCACCUCUCACACCAGCACCCCACUCAGGAUAAACCUGGCUGAUAUAAAAAGAGAGUUAGACCUAACAGACUGCACAACAUCAGAGCCACAAUCUCUUCAGGAACAAUACAGUGGAUGCGUGGAUUUAAGCUGCAACUCUUCUGGUCAAAACUCUGCUGAAACACAGAGGUCACAGGUUAGCAAUGAACCUUACGGACGUGUUUUUGUCCACUCAAAUCAUGCCAUACCUAGGAGGCACGGCUUUGCAAAAACUGGCCGGGCUGUGUUUGACAGCAGAAAAAUCAGGAUGGAGCACUUCAGGAGAGAUGAAUCACACACGUGCGUUGUAUGUGGAAAGACGUUCAGCAGGGUGGGGAACUUGAGAAUCCACCAGCGUUGUCAUACUGGAGAGAAGCCGUACGGCUGCAUACAGUGUGGGAGACGUUUCAUUCAAGCAGGAGACCUGAAAAAACACAAGAGGGUCCACACGGGGGAGAAACCAUACUACUGCAACCAGUGUGGAAAGAGCUUCAGUCGGGGGGAGAAUCUGAAAAGACACCAGAAGAUUCACAUUGGAGAAAUUUUACAGUUACAGCAAGUGUGGAGGGAGGAACAGCAGUGAUAUAACGCUACGCCUGUGUCUGUCCUUUGUCCCUUCUCUUCUUUCACCAGCUACACCUGUACUGAACUGUGCUUUUCCUCACCUUUGAUCACUUCCUUUUUUUUUUUUUUUUUUUACUUUAUUCCUUCCUCUGUACCAGACCUGCAACUAACAGUUAUUCAAUUUUUUUAUUAAUCUGACAAGUAUUUUCUUGAUUGACUUAAUCAUCAUUCGGUCGAUAAUAUGUUAGAAAAUUGUGAAAAAAGUACAUCCCAGUUUCUCAAAGUCCAAGGUGAUGUCAUUAAAUGGCUUGUUUUGUCAGUCCAAAACCCAAAGAUGUCAUAUGGAAUAGAGAAAAUAACCGCAUUUUCUUUCUAUUUUUGUUAGAAAAUAUACUGCAACCAUUAGUCGAUUAUCAGGAUAGUUGCAAUUAUUUUUAUGUUGAUCGAUUAAUCGAUUGGACUACUAGUUAUUGCAGCUCUAAUCUGAACCCUGAGAUUUUUCUUUAUCUGGAGCAUCCACUGCAGAAACAUUUCUUGGGCACCUGUUAGGAUUUUCUGCCAUACUCCUAGCUCCUGUUGCUGCUGUUCCGACGCUGUGGUCUCUGCCUCCUUAAGCUCUGGCUGAUUGAUAUAAAACACGUCACUUCAAAUGCACCAGCCACAGACACCACAACUGUGAUGAACUGUGGGAUAAAGAGAUUUUCCCCUGGAGGCGCUAGGAAUAAUCAUCAUUGAGUGAACUUGGAUGGCUUGAAUGUAACAGAUGUUCAUUUUCAUGUAAAAGUCCUGCACCUGGGCUUAAAAUAAUAGUUGUAGUUAUAAUCUAUAAAACUCAUCAACAGGCUAGUCUCCUGUAACUUUUUGGGGAUUGUUACUAGGAGUUACUCGUGCUCUGAUAUGUAGCCAGUUGUGUGCGAGGUAGUCACUCUCAUGAGGAUGAAACGGCUAUAAAAGGUAAUCACUUAACCAAAGAGCCUGAAACUUUUGAGAUAGAGAUGCACUGAUAAAAAGGCACUAUCACUAUGUGAAUUUAUAUGUCUGUAUUUGGCAAAAAGAUUUAGUCAAUUGUCAGAUUUUACCUCAUAGAACUGUUAAAUUAUACAUUGAUACAGGUGAUUUAAAUUAUUUUGGCUGAUUAGAUGUCCAGACUUCUUCACGCUUUAUCACUUUCAGGUGUAUACAUAAUUUUAUGUAUCAGUAAUGUGACGGACAAUAAAUGGGAAAUUUAAGAUAUUGACAUUUAAAAAAUAAAAGAAGUAAGCCAUGUUGGUGCAUGUAUGCUUUUCUGUAACAACUAGUUUUGAUUUUGGACUAAUUUAUAUCCAGUGAGCCUUUGGUUUUAAGAGCAGGUUUAAACAUUUUAAGGUGACCUCUGGUCAUGUACAGAAAGAGUUUUCUCAUGUUAAAUGAGAAAUGCUGAAGAAAAUGAGUGCAGCUUUUGUAAAUUUGUGAAUAGCAUGAUUGCCAUUAAAAUACUUUUCAGGGUGGGUGAAUGAA